AUGCCGCCCAAACAGAGCCAGGACAAGUACUCAGUCCUCCUACCAACAUACAAUGAGCGCCGGAACCUGCCUAUAAUAACAUGGCUGCUCCACAAGACGUUCACCGAGAACAAACUCGAUUGGGAGCUCAUCAUCAUCGACGACGGCUCACCCGACGGCACCCAAGAAGUAGCCGCCCAACUCCAAAAAGCCUACACCCCUCAACGCAUCCAAAUUCGCGCGCGAGCUGGUAAACUCGGCCUCGGAACCGCCUACGUACACGGCCUACAAUUUGCGACCGGAAACUUUGUCAUCAUCAUGGACGCCGAUUUCUCGCACCACCCAAAAUUCAUCGCGCCCAUGAUCGCCCUACAGAAGACGAAGAACUACGAUAUCGUAACAGGCACCAGGUACGCGGGCGAUGGAGGCGUCUUUGGGUGGGAUCUGAAGAGGAAGUUUGUGAGUCGGGGCGCAAAUCUGUUUGCGGAUACGGUGUUGAGGCCUGGUGUGAGUGAUCUUACCGGCAGCUUUAGGCUGUAUAAGAAGGAGGUGCUGCAGAAGGUGAUCCGGAGUACCGAGAGCAAGGGCUAUACAUUCCAGAUGGAGAUGAUGGUGCGGGCGAAGGCGAUGGGAUGCACGGUCGCGGAGGUCCCCAUCUCAUUCGUCGACCGUCUGUACGGCGAGAGCAAGCUUGGUGGUGAUGAGAUUGUGGAGUAUGCAAAGGGCGUGCUCAACCUGUGGUUGAAGGUCUAA